UGGAAUUACAAACAUCACAUGACUUAAAAUUAAAAAAAGAAAGAUAAGGAGAAAAAGAAACUUCCGUGGCUGUAGAUAAACAACAGAAACAGAAAAUCGAGAGAGAUCGAAACAAAGAAAGGAAAUGGAGAAAGAAGAAGAAGCGAUGAGAGCAGCAGCAUCCCAAGAGGUUUCAUCGGAGUUCAAAACCCUAAUCGAUUCUCAUGAUUUGGAUUCUCUCAAGCAAUUGCAACACCUUAUAUUGGGGCGUCUGCAGGACAGCAAUGCAGUUCUUUCACAUUUCAACGACUAUUCUCAGCAAUGCUUUUCCGAGGUUUCCACCCAUCUUUCUACCAAUACCCGCCUCUUAAAAUCCAUGAAAUCUGACUUAGAUUAUAUCUUCCUUAAACUCAGAGGUAUGAAAUCCAAGAUCAAAGCCACAUAUCCUGAUGCAUUCCCUGAUAAUUCAACUAUAGAAGCUCUUGAUAGAAGGCCGGAUCUAGAAGUAGCACUGUGAAACUAUUGACUCCAUCUGACGAAACCUUAUUUUGGGUGUUUGUUCUGUUCUUUUCAUGAAAGGUUUCAAUUUAUCUUGAGAUGUUAUAAACCGAAGUCUGUUCUUACAAUGUCUAUACAUAUACUUAAUGUAA